CAAAUUGUAACCCCGCGCUCGCGCUGUUGUUGCUGUUCAGUUCAAUUUAGUCGCGUUCCAGGACUCGCGUCGCCUAUCACAAACACGGCUGACUUUCAUGCGCAUUUCCAAAGUGAUCGAGUAUUCUCAUGGACAUAUUGUUUGCCCUUUAGAUGGUUAUACGACAGAGUAACUCGCUCAUGCGAAUCGAACGUCGAUGGGACGUUGAGUUCUGCUGAGGGAAGCACAUUUCUGAAGUGAACUACAUUAUCAAACGGCGCCAGAACUCCUCUACUAUGAUCAAAAAUACGCAUUCUGAAGAACUGUAUCGCUCCAGUUAAAGUGUGCUAUGUUGUCCAACAAGAUGGAUUCCACGCGUAUAUUGUUAGUGGUGUUUUUAUUGCUGAGAAUGUCUUAUGGGACUUCUGAGGGCAAAAAGAAAGACAGCCCGAGCAAACAAGGACAGUCGGAUGCGAGGCGCCCGAUAACUGUAAUAACGGAUGUCGUUCCUACAUAUUCCUUUGAAUAUCGCUCAUCAAAUCCAGAGGAGAUUAAGUUCACAAGUGGAGGAAUUUAUUCAGCUUUUAUUCCGGAGAUAACUCCUAUUGGAACACCCGUAAAGUGUGACUUGAAAAUGGGGGUUUACUCCAAAAAUCAUGUCGAUUUCAUUAUCAUCAGUGGAAAUGAGCAAGGCAUGUUUUCCGUUGAUUCGCGGCAAGUAUCUGACUUCAAUUUUAUGGAUAUUAAAACUAGCAAGCGGCUUAAUAGGGAAAGCGUUGCUAGUUAUGAAUUAAAUGUUGUAGUACAGGACAAAAGGACUAAAAGAACUCUUGAUAGAACUAAAGUAAACAUCACAGUGGAUGACUCAAAUGACAAUCGCCCUAUAUUUCUGAAGAAAAAAUAUUUGAAAACGAUUCCAGAAGACAUUCCAAUGCAUACUUCUAUUGCAAGAAUAGAAGCAGUGGAUGCUGAUGUAGGGCCAAAUGGCCUUAUUUAUUAUUCCUUCAAAGAAAAAACAACAUCAUUCGCAAUUAAUCCUAUUUCUGGAGUUGUUUCAGUAGCGCAAAAGUUAUCGAACUCCGCGCGAAUUCACAGAUUGACCGUGGUUGCACGUGAUCGAGCUCUCCCUCCCUCCAAACCGAAAAGUUCACGUAACUGCCAGCUAAUAGUCAAUGUACAAGCUGUAAAUCAGUUUUCGCCAGAAUUCUCUGUGAAAACACAGUUGCAAAGUGUGAGCGAGGGAACGAGCGGUAUUGUUUACGCAACGCUAGGGAUUAUUGACAAAGACAAGGGCAGUAAUGGAGAUAUUGAUCGCGUUGAGAUAACAUCUGGCAAUUUGGAUGGGGCAUUUAGCAUCAAAUCCUCGCCGAAUGAUUACGCUGUUCAGGUUAUCAAACCAUUAGAUCGGGAAUUGGCUCCGUUUGGAUACAACCUUACUCUGACAGCAUACGACAAGGGGACACCGGUAAGAAAUGGCUCUUAUGUCUUGAGGGUGAACGUCCUUGACGAGAACGACAACAACCCGGAAUUCAACCAGAGUCGCUACAUCACUAAUCUAUCUGAACUAGCUCCAAUCCAUACACCUGUUUUACGUGUCCUCGCUACAGAUACGGAUGCAGGCUCCAAUGGGAAUAUUAUGUAUGUCAUCACAAGAGGAAAUGAACUGGGGAAGUUUGAGAUCAAUUCUAAAACUGGUCAAAUUUACACCAAAGGUGACUUGGAUUAUGAAUCCAGGCAGAGAUUUGAUCUUACGGUGGCAGCUCUUGAUGGUGUUCCUCUACAGUCCAGGAAAAUUUCCACUGUUCCUGUUGUUGUUAAUAUCCUGGACGCUAACGACCACGAUCCAGAGUUCAAGGCCCCCGAAUAUAGAAAGGAUUUGUACGAGGAUUUGACCCCUGGAACAUCAGUGUUUACAGUAUCUGCAGAAGACCUGGAUUCUGGGGGAAAUGGUAAAGUGCAUUACAGUCUGGCUAACCUAAGACCUGUACCAUUUGAAAUUGAACCAGACACAGGUAUCAUCCGAACGACCACUAACCUUGACAGGGACACAGGACUGCCAGAGUUUAUCAACUUGCAAGUACGGGCUUCAGACUUUGGUACCCCUCUGAGAAGGGAGACUGAAACACUGGUCAAAAUGAGAGUCAAGGAAAUGAAUGAUAAUGCACCAGUAUUGAAACAGUUUAAGUGUAACAUCCUUGUUGAUCGCAAUGCACCAGUAGGUGUUCUCAUCACAACAGUGACAGCAAUAGACAUCGACAUCAGUGAUAAAGAUCAGAGCCUUAUGUACAAGUCAACAUUCGGAAACACAGGCAAAGCAUUCUCCCUUGAUCCCAAGACAGGAGAGCUGAGAACUGCUAGAAGUUUGCGUGGACUUCAGCGCGAAUUCACACUUAUCAUCAAAGCCACUGAUGGUAUCCAGGAAAGCCCUGAUACACACCCUGUUAUACUUAAGAUUAGUAUUGUGGGUGGUCGGCAAGCGAGAAAGCUGCAGAAUCAUGUCAGUACCAAAUGUGUGGACUCACCCCUCUAUGCUAAAGCUCUAAAGAUAAAACAAGAGCAAAAGUCAUACUCCAGUUUACAGCCUCUGAUAUUUGCAACUGCAAAGCUUCAUAACCGACACCACCCAGUGUUCAGGUCACAUGACCAGAAUAUACACAUUUCAGAGAGCACUCCUAUUGCGACAGUUGUCUCACAGUUUAUGGCGACUGAUGAAGAUAAAGGAUAUAAUGGACUAGUAUUAUAUUCCAUUGUGGAAGGAGAUGUUGACAGUGUAUUUAACAUCAAUAUGUUUACAGGAGAGCUGACAGUUGCCAUGCCUUUGGAUAGGGAAACUAUAUCAAGUUACACUCUUAACAUCAGUGCUGUUGAUUGUGGUAAACAUCGCAAGUCUGCUUACACUAUCCUCAAUGUCAAGAUUACUGAUGUCAAUGAUUGUAGUCCUGUUUUUGAUAAGACAGUUUAUGAAGUGACCCUUCCUGAGAACAUCACAGUUGGACAGACAGUGACACAUGUCCAUGCGAGCGACAAAGACCAGGGUACAAAUGGGUUCAUAACCUAUCAAAUUGUCAAUGACUUUGGUGGAAAAUUUAGGGUCAACCGAAUUUCUGGAGUUGUUUCUGUGGGGGAUUAUCUGGAUUAUGAAGAGCAGGAAAUGUACAAAAUUGAAAUUCAAGCCAUGGACAGCUCAGUUGACAAUCAAAAAGUAGGGAGUACACAUGUCAUUGUUACAUUACUGGAUAUAAAUGACAAUUCCCCUAUUGUUAAACCUAAAAAGUUUAAUGUCACUGUCCAAGAGGACUUGCUUGUUAAUGCUGUUGUCACUAGCAUUCAUGCGUCAGACCCAGACUCUGGACCUGGUGGAGAAAUAGAAUUCUCUUUGCCGGAGAGUACUAGAAAGUUCAAUAUUGAUUCAAAAAGUGGAGUCAUACGUUUGCGACGGCAUCUAGAUUUUGAGCAAAAAUCAACAUAUAACUUGACUGUUCGUGUUACAGAUAAGGGUUCUCCUGCUUUGUUCACUGAUGUGGAAGUUGUUGUCAAUGUCCUUGAUGUAAACGAGAAUAGCCUUGCUCCUGUAUUCAGUGGUGGCCGCAUUUUAGAAACAUCCAUCAAUGAGAACAGUCCUGUUGGAACAGUUGUCAUCUCACCUAAAGCGACUGACCAAGAUUCCUGGUAUCUCAAGUAUGCAAUUAUUGAUGGUACUGGUGUGGACAAGUUCAUCAUUGACCCGGACACUGGUGCCAUCAGGACUGCCGGAGAGUUAGAUCAUGAAGUUGCUGACCAUUACUGGUUAACCGUCCAGGCAAAAGAUGGUGAAUCAUAUCCUUUGUAUACCAACAUCCCUGUUCUCAUAAACAUUGUUGACCUUAACGAUGAGGCACCAUACUUUGCACCUUCUACUUACUACCCAGUACUAGCUGAGAAUCUGCCAUCAGGCUCUAGUGUUGUCCAGGUAACUGCAAAAGAUCCAGACUCUGGUGGGUCCCUUUUGCGGUAUACCAUCACUAAGGGAAAUGAGCAGAAUAAUUUUGUGAUUGACCCUCAGAGUGGUCUUAUUACUACACUCAGACCCUUGGACAGAGAGUUUAAGAGCGAGUAUAAGCUGACCGUGUCAGCAAAUGAUGGAGGCACCCCACCUGUCAGUACUGAUGUCACCUUUACUGUUAAGAUCACUGAUGAGAAUGAUAACCAGCCAGAGUUUAAAGAAAAACAGUAUGUUGUUGGUGUGUUUGCGAGGCAGGCUACAAGUAAAUCUUUUGGUCUCUACCAAGUUGUUGCCACAGAUGAGGACAUUGGAUCAAACGCUGACCUGCGAUAUUCCAUCACCAAAGGAAAUAGGGAUAACAAAUUUAUUAUUGAUAGUAGAAGUGGGGAGAUUUUUACUAAUGUGUCACUUGUGGAUGGAGAAUCUUAUGAUCUUACUAUCGUUGCUGAAGACAACGGACUUCCAAAAUUAUCCACUAGCACCAAUGUUCUUAUAGAUGUCAUCCAAGGAAACAAGCCCAGUAAAAAUGCACCUGUAUUCUGGAACAAGCAAUACUCUGCUGAUAUCCAGGAGGACAAGCGGAUCAAUAGCUUUGUCCUGAUAAUAGGUGCAGAAGAUCCAGACUUUGACCAAAUCACAUAUAACAUAGCAUCUGGUAACCAUGGCAACAAGUUUACAAUUGACAGGUACGGUGGUUUCAUCACUGUUGCUCAUAGCUUGGACCGAGAGGAGAAAAGCUUUUAUUCACUCCGUGUCGAGGCCACGGAUGGGUAUAACACAGCAUCUGUCCCUGUUACUAUUAACAUUUUGGAUGUGAAUGAUAACUCGCCGCAGCCCGCAAGGAGGGAGUACCGUGCUCAUGUAGCUGAGAAUUCUGAUGUGGGAACACUAGUCACCACUGUGAAAGCCACAGACCCCGAUGCCGGUGUAAAUGGUGAAGUCGAGUAUUCCAUCGUGCAAACGGCAAAAGCCGAAUCUGCUUCGCUUUUCAAGAUAGAGAGCCACUCUGGAAGGAUCCUCACAGUUAAACCACUCGAUUACGAGACAAUGCAGGAACAUGUGUUGACUAUCAAAGCGUCCGACCGAGGAAUCCCCAAGCGAGAGACCCUGUUCUCCGUGGUCGUUUCGGUAGACGAUGUGAACGACCACAAACCGGAGUUUCUAAGCCCCCUGUUUGAAAGUGAAGUAGAUGUUAGUGCCAAAGCAGGGACGGCAAUUCUCAGAGUCAUCGCGACUGAUAAAGAUGAUGGCACAAACUCGAAGUUAAAGUAUUCCAUCGUGAGUGGAAAUACUAAUAAGUCACUCAGUGUGGACCAGAACUCUGGUGUGGUCAAAGUCGCCGGCAGGCUUAGCACACUAGUGCAUCAGUACGCCCUGAAGGUUCAGUCUACUGACGGAGGGGAACCGCCAUUAAAGACCCAAGUCGACGUCAAGAUAAAAGUCCGUGGAAUCGUCAAAAACUUCGCUUUUGAGAAGCCGAAAUACGAAGUGUCCCUACCCGAAAAUAGUCCCCCGGACCAAGCUAUUGCAACCGUCGUCUACAAUGGUAUCCUCCCAGUUUAUGAGAUUGUCCCAGGCCGCAGCCCGUGCUGGAGGGACUUUACCGUGCAACGCCAAUCCGGUGUCAUCAUCAGCAAGAAGUCGUUUGAUGCUGAAGAGGUGACACACUGCAAACUGGAGAUACGCGCCAACAGUACAGAUGGUCAGCACUCUUCCACUCUUGUCAUCGUCACCAUCCAAGAUAAAAACGACAACCAGCCGAUCUUCGAGCAUGCGCGCAUAACAGGUCACGUGACCGAGGGCUCGCCCCAGGGCACUGCAGUUCUUGACCAUAAAGGCAGUCAACUCGUUGCCGUCGCCACAGAUCAGGAUAUAAGUGGUGACAAAUUGACGUAUGAGAUUGUAGAGACGAGUGCGCGAGAUGUGUUUAGCAUUCACCCUGCAACUGGUGCUAUCACUACAGCAAAGGUUCUAGACUAUGAAGCAACUCCUCAGUACGCCUUCAAGAUCAAGGUCACGGACAGCGGUAACCCGCGUCUCAGUGCAUUUGCUGACGUUACAAUUCACGUAACAGACAUCAACGACAUAGCUCCUGUGUUCUCGGCGUCUACCUAUCACGCUACGGUCUACCUGCCUUCCUACGCGGGUACACGGGUUACCAUGGUUACGGCGACUGAUGGCGACAGCGCGGCCAAUCUCACGUUCUCAUUGGCCCGCCAGGACACGGAGCUCUUCGCUGUGAAUCCCCUGACAGGGGUAGUGACAGUCAGUAAUGCAGCUCUCUUACGGCGCGACACCUACACGAUCAAGUUAACGGUCAGCGAUGGUAACCACACUGCGCAUGCUCGAGUCAGAAUACGAUGCGAGAAUCUGCCAUCUUCUGAUCUACAAUUCAGUCGGAAGAACUACUCGGCGUCGGUUCGGGAAGGUGUGAGUGUCGAUAGCGAGCUCGUGACAGUUCGUGCCCUCGGGUACCCUAUCGGAAGCACGAUCACCUACACCAUCAUCAACCCGUCUGAGCUCUUUCACAUUGUUCCGAGCACUGGCGUAAUGAGCAUACGAGCGGGCUUCGAUCUGGACCGAGAAAGUAUCGACGCGUACCAAGUGAUAGUACAAGCACGUGACGAUAGCGUGCCGCCUAAUGUCGCACAAGCUGCUGUACAUGUUCAAGUGAUUGACAGAAAUGAUAAUCAACCUGUGUUCGUAAACUCGCCGUACUUCAUUGUACUGCAGCUUGGCGUAGCGCAGGGUACGAUUAUCGGACAAGCCCAAGCAACGGAUGCUGAUAUAGGCUCAAAUGCUAACCUCAGGUACGAUCUGAUAGGUGGCGACCCUGGCUACUUCUCCAUCUCUCGCAAGACCGGAGAGGUGGUGGUUCGCCGUACACUGGAUGACGUCAAGGUGCCCCGACUGUUCACGCUGAUGGUAGAAGCCACAGACGGACUCUUCAGAACCGAGGCCGUCGUCAAGAUCAAGGUGGUAGAUAAGGAGACUCCGGUGUUUGAUCAGUUAUCGUUCAGUAAGGUUCUCGCGGAGGAUACGCCCAUUGGGUCAGAAGUUACCUCUGUCACGGCACGCAGUCCUAACGGAGCGGGCAUACUGUACAGUAUAACGGGCGGUGAUCCUGUCAAUCAAUUCUCCAUCGACUUUAAGACCGGAGUAGUGACCUUAGUAUCAUCAUUGGAUUACGAAACAAGGACGAAGUACAAGCUUGUUGUCAGGGCAACAGACGCAAGGACCUCUUCGCACUCUGACGUGGCCGUUGACGUCACAGUUACCGACGUCAACGAUGUGGCUCCGGCCUUCAAUCGAUCGCUUUACCUAGCAACCAUCAGUGAAAGCACGCCUGUCGACACAGCAGUCGUUACAGUCAAGGCAAUCGACGGAGACUCUGGAAUCAACAAAGAAAUCAACUACUUCAUCCAGAACGUUAGUCGAGUCGGCGCUUUCUUUAAAAUCGAUAAAAAGUCGGGCGUGGUGUUCGUGGCGAAGAGCCUGGAUUACGAGUCGCGAGUCGUUCACGAAAUGAUAAUUGUCGCAGCCGACGAAGGGAAGCCGUCGUUGACUGGCGAAACGCGCGUAAGAGUCGUCCUGAUGGAUGCCAACGACAAUGCACCGCGGUUUGACAAGUCCAUGUACGCGGCCUCCAUCCUGGGUAGCGCCAGCCCCGGACAGUUCGUGACACGUAUCCUAGCAACGGAUCCGGACGAGGGUGAUGCCAAAAAGUUGAGAUACUCCAUCACUGGUGGCCAAGGUCGGCAGCAUUUCCAGAUCGACAGCCAGAGCGGUGUUAUCACUUUAUCGCGAGUGGUCGGAAUCAAACAAGGCAAAGUAUACGGCCUCGAUGUGGAGGUUUCCGACAGCGUACACGUCAGCACGUCUAAGGUUCGGGUCAUCAUCGGAGACACGAACGACCAUAGCCCGAUCUUUAGCGAAGACGUCUACAAAGUCUCCUUCAAUGAAAACUACCCUGAAGGCACCUUCGUUACCAUGGUUUCCGCAACUGAUUUGGAUUCUGGGAAUUACGCGCAUUUGACGUAUUCUAUCGACAGCGUAGAUGCCAUGCGAAAAUUCAGGAUCGACGCUGACUCCGGCAUGUUGUACAGCAGGCUCAUGUUCGACCGUGAGAACUCGUCUCAGGCUAUCAUGAGUGUGCCGAUUCGAGCGACGGACGGCGGGGGACGGUUUGGAUUCUGCGUGGUAGAGGUGCAUCUAAUCGAUGAAAAUGACAAUCAGCCAAUCUUCGAGCUCAAGAAUUACGACACCACCAUCUCACGAUCCGUCACCAUGGGAACGCCCGUGCUGAUGACGUCAGCAAGUGACCCCGACGCGUCCAGCAAUGCCGCCUUGACGUACGUGAUAGUCGGUCACCAGACCCCUCCAGUUUUCACUAUCAAUGCGGCCACCGGCGUCAUACAGGUAUCCCGUGAACCGGAAGUGAAGAGUUACAACUUCUUUGUGCUGGUCAAGGAUGGCGGGAAUCCUUUAUUGCGGAGCAUCGCGUCGGUUAAGAUAACGGUGCUGGAGCGAGAUGCGAGGAUCCUACACUUCGGCAAGUCCAAGUAUGACGUCACGGUGGGUGAAAACGCGGAGAUGGGACAGAUAGUCACUGGACUCAACCUUGUCGUGCCAGGCGGGAACCCUGUGGAUGUCGACUACAGGAUUAUUAAAGGGAACAACGACAACAACGACCGAAAGUUCGGCGUUGAUUCCACAGGGCGUGUCAGAGUUAUUGGUCGUCUUGACUAUGAGAUUAGAAACCGUUACGUCAUGAUCGUCGAAGCUAAUGUUUCUGCGAUCAACCAGAUCGCCCGCACAGUGGUCGUAGUGCAAGUACUUGACAUCAAUGACGUCACGCCUAAGUUCGUAUCAGAUCCGUACCUCGCUAGUAUUCCGGAAAACAUCGACAUAGGAUCGAAGGUGCUCCGAGUUUUUGCCGAAGAUUUGGAUAGCGGAAGUAACGGCAUGGUCACCUAUGCACUCGCUACCAAAGACAAGCUGGUUAAGGAGAAGUUCGAUAUCGAUCAGCAUACAGGCUGGAUCACCACUCGAGGGGCGUUAGACCGUGAGAAGCAGCCGAGUUUCGAGUUUCAGGUUCGUGCUACGGAUAACGGCACAACGCGCCUUACAAGCCUUACAACCGUACGCGCCAUCGUACUUGACGUCAACGACACCCCGCCAAAAUUCAGCCAAUCCGAAUUCACGGCAUCGGUGAAGGAGGACGCUCUGAUUGGUCAAAGCGUGACGACGAUAACCGCGACGGACGAGGACCUGAACACAGAGCUCUAUUAUUUCAUCCUGUCCGGCGACCCUCAAGCGAGGUUCGGGAUCGAGCGCAAGACAGGUGUGAUAUUCGUGCACGGAUCGCUAGACCGCGAAUCAGUAGGGAGCUACGACUUGAAUAUCAGCGCCAGUGACGGUCUCUUCACCAGCUUUGCGCAGAUGAAGAUCGACAUUGAGGACGCGAAUGAUAACCCGCCCAUCUGCACCCAAUCUAUCUACGUGGAACACAUUAAGGAGAACACGCCGCUGGGCAGCACUGUGUUGACCGUGGGCGCGACGGAUGCUGAUGUUGGCGUCAAUGCGGAACUCACGUAUUCCGUAUUCGGGCAGGGUUUUGGCACGUUUGCUGUUGAUAAGAAUGGUAAAAUGACGAAUCUUGUGGAACUCGACCGAGAAACGCGCCCGUUCUACAACUUCAUGGUGUCAGCGGCUGACAUCGGUGGACAGGCGUGCUACAGUAACGUAUCCAUCCACCUUGAUGACGUAAAUGACAAUAGGCCAUUGUUUUCCCAGUCAAGCUAUUUCACGGCAGUGUACGAGGACGCGCCUCUCAAGAAAGUCCUGCUCCAAGUCAAAGCAGAUGAUGCUGACGUCGGUGUAAACCGUAAGCUCACCUACUCGCUAGUCACGGACGCGGGCGGCACUUUUACUAUCGAGACUGGAACAGGAAUCAUAUCACUGGAGAAGCCCCUGAACAGAGAAUUGAAGGAGAAUUACACCUUGAAUGUCGAGGUCAUGGAUGGGGGUACCCCUCCUCUAUCCUCCAUUGCCACAGUCCAGAUCAAGGUGCUGAAUAUUAAUGACGUACCGCCAGAGUUCUCUCAUAGCAUCUACCACGGCAACGUCAGCGAGGAUGCGCCAAUAGGAAACGAGGUUGUGCGUGUGCGCGCCGUGAGCCGUGAAUCUAGUAAUGACGUCAUCACCUAUGCUAUUCUGCGUGGCGCGGACUCUGGGUUGUUCUCCAUUGACCGGAAGAACGGGACGAUCCACGUGAACCGGAAGCUCGAUUACGAGACAACCAAGCUCUACACGCUGACCGUGGAGGCGAGUGACGCGGGCCCUCCUGUGCUCCGCAGUACGUCAUACGUGCGAAUUAGCGUGACGGAUUCAAACGAUAAUGGACCCGAGUUCAGCGAGAAAAGGUACUCCGCUAAAGUGGAUGAGAACUCUGCCCUUGGGACCUUCGUGCUUCAAGUCUUUGCCACGGAUCGCGACAGCGGAACUAACGCGCAGAUCAAGUAUUCCAUAGCAGAGGGGAAUGACGCUAAGAAAUUCAAGAUCGUAGAGGAGACGGGUGUUAUCAAGGUAUCCGGGGAUAUCGACAGGGAGGAGGUCGCUUCUUACAGGCUGAAGGUGCGCGCGCAAGACCAAGGCCUUCCACCGCAGGUGGCCGACACUGUGGUCGAUAUUGAAGUGACGGACGUUAAUGAUAACAGUCCGGAGUUCAGUAGCACCAACUUGACGACUGUGUUAUCUGAGAGUAGUCUCCCUAAUGCCGCGGUAAUCCAUCUACGACCUCAUGAUCGGGACGCGUUGGGGAAUGGCGCACCUUACCAGUUCACGCUCAUCUCGGGAGAUGCCAGCAGGUUUAAGCUGCACUCUAACGGUCUGAUUACUAAGAUCGGCGACGUGUCUCACAGUGACGGGCAGUACAGGCUCAGAGUUCUUGUGGCAGAUAACGGACAUCCGCCUCAAUCCACUGAAGUGUCAAUCACUGUCAAGAUCGCCGAGAGUAAGACGCAUCCUCCAAACGUACACCCGCUGACCGUAUACGUCAACCUGUACGGGUCUAAUCUGAACGGGGGAGUCAUCGGUAGGGUUAAGGCCACUGAUAAAGACGGGGACUCGUUGCACUACUCGCUUGUAUCAUCCGAACAGAGUUCGCUCCUCAUGAUAUCGGAUGAAGGGACUGUGCGUGCGAGAGCGAACAUCUCCCCUGGUACAUACAACCUGAACGUCAGCGUGACAGACAAGCGUUACACUGUCUACAGUGGCGUGACAGUCAUUGUAUUGAACAUCACUCCUGAGACCCAAGAACACUCGGUUACUCUACGCCUAGGGGAUCUGAGCGCGGGCACCUUUGUGGAGAAAAGUUUAGAGAAGUGUUUGCUGUUUAUUGGCAAGCUUCUGGAUGUACCCGCCGUCAAUAUUCAUGUGUGGAGUAUGCAGCCGUCUGAUAACGAUCUAGAUGUGGUCAUAGCGGUACGCAAGCGACGAAAGGGCAUGUUCAAGCCCUUAUACCUGACUCGCCAGUUGAACGGAUCUCACCUCGCCUUUGAGAAGAACGUAGGAGUUCGGAUCGUGACAGUUGGCUUGAGUCAGUGCCGCGCCCAGGACUGCCCCACGUACCUCGUGUGUAGCGAUGUCUACAAACCAGAGCUGAAGCAGAUCAGAGUCAUGUCCGACCAUGUGAGUUACAUCUCAUACGAGCACUCGCGGAGCCACUCGUGUACAUGCCAAGAUAAGAACAGAGGGUGUGGUGCUAUCCAGAAGUGCGCGACCAGCCCUUGUGCGCCUGGGUACAAGUGUAAAGACUUCCCCGAGGGGUACCAGUGUAAGUGCGUGGAUGCCACUAAGUGUCACAUGGACACUACCGGAUGUGACGACACCAGCUGCAUCAAAGGCAAUAACGCUCGCACAUUCAACGGAGACAGCUACAUCCGGUACCGUCUGAAGGAGACGUUCGACCAGCCUUCCCGCUCCAUCGGCCUCGCACUCAAGACCGUUAAGAGCGAGGGAACCUUAGUAUUCGCGGCUGGCCAGUACGAUUACAGCAUUCUAGAAAUCAGUAAAGGCUUUAUCCAGUUGCGGUUCGACUUCGGCUCAGGACCAGGCGUGGUGAGCAUAGACUGGUCCCCAGUGAAUGAUGGGAAAUGGCAUCACGUGGCUGUGGAGAGGCAAGGUAACCACGCCACCGUCACCUUGGAUUACGGCAAGCAUCAGGCAAGCGGUAAAUCUCCUGGACGCAUGCGUAUCCUAAACCUCGACGGGAACUCGAUUUACUUUGGCGCCAAGGUGCUGAAUUCGAGGAUUAAACGAUCGGAAGGACAAGGUGUUAUAGUGGAGAAUGGCUUCAAAGGCUGCAUGCAAAACCUGAACGUGAACGGCAAAGACCUUCCAAUGACUGGCUCCAACACAUACGCAUCCGGAUACCCGUCCAACGCAGAGCGUGGGUGCCGCACCUCCGGCGCCUGCCAACGCCCUCAGGCGUGUCCCCUUGCGAGCCGCUGCAUCGAGACGUUCACAGACCGUCGCUGUGAGUGUCUACCGGGACAUUCUGGACCCGACUGCAAAGCGUACAUCAAGUGUUCGGGCGAACCCUGUCAGAACCGCGGCGUGUGCGUGGAUAAAUCUGAUGGCUACAGGUGUGUGUGCCCGAAAGGCUACACCGGAUACCAGUGUCAGGACUACGUUGGCGCAUGCGCAAGCUCUCCUUGUCGUAACGGCGGCUCGUGCCUCGCGGGCCAACACGACGACUUCAUCUGCGACUGCCCUAAAGGGGUCAGCGGCAAAACCUGUGAAGUAGACAGCAGGCCAUGCGCGUCCAAUCCGUGCUUCUUUAAUGGCAACUGCACGAACAAGGGCAGCGACUUCGAAUGCAAGUGCCCUAACGAUUUGUCGGGAAAACGCUGCGAGCAUGGCUUCCACUGCAACCGCUUGCCAUGUAUGAAUGGAGGCUCGUGUGAGACACGUGAUGGUGCCGCGGUAUGCCUGUGCCCGCGCGGUUUCACGGGGCUGGAUUGUAGUGUUGACGUGGACGAGUGCCAGAGCAACCCGUGUCUAAAUGACGGCGCUUGUGUCAACACUCGUGGGUCUUUCCGGUGUAACUGCUCAGGAAGCACGCAUGGCGGAGAGUUGUGCAACACCGUACUAGCGAAUAUCUCCCCCGACAAGGACGGAUGGCCUCUGGGACGCGACGAGAUCAUCGCCAUAGGAACAGUGCUAGCUAUCUUGCUACUUGUCGUCCUAAUUGUGGUUCUCAUCCUGCGCCGGCGAGCACAUAGAAAGCGGGAAUUAGACAAGGGACAUGCGCCAAACCGUCAAUCCCUACUGAAGGUGUCGCCGCCUGAAAUUGGUUCGGAGGUCAACUCACCGACACCACCUACCCCUCCCCCGCGUCAAAUGGAGACCUACAUUGGCGACCCCCCUGGUUAUGACUCAGAGGAUUCGUGGAGACGGCGGGGGAGAACAACGCCUCAACAGUAUGGCACGAUGAAAUCUUUGAACAGCUCGGACACUAACAUCAAAUACCAUUGGGAUUACACGGAUAUACCUGAGACACUUGUCCAAAAACGGACCGGCACUGGGGCGUUAUGCCGGGAGCGCUCAGCUAGCUUCAUGGGCGUACCUGACAGCUCUAUGUAUGAUGGCCCUCAAGUGCCGAAAAGGUCCUCGAGUCUGAUGUCUUCAUCGGAUGAGGAGGACGAUAUUCCUGAGGUACCGCAGCGACCGAGGAAUUACAGGCCUUCGGAGUCCGAAGAUGGGUACUUGGAAGUCCCUAACAUCCCGAAGAAGCCCUCGGAUUACGCCCCUAAAGGAGGCGCUUCUAGAUACUCAAUGGACUCGCGAUUCUCUGAAUUCUCUGACAUGACGGAUGCGGAGCUUGCGAGAAACUACCCUGACCUUUUUAAAGGUCGUUUCCCAGGUCCUCCUCGGGAACCGUAUCCUGAAAGCAUCGAUACUCUUCCGGUGGGCUCGUACGCGCCGACGACACUACGAGACUCCGAACUCGGCAGUAUCACCGACUGCGCAUACUCGGAGGACGAUCUAGAUCGGGUUUUUCUUGGAAAUAGCCGAAUGGAGGCGUGCGACGACUCGCCGGAGAAUACGUACCUUCAUUCCGAGUGCGCUUCGGAGGAUGAUGACACUGAUAUUGGAGACUGUGCUCCCGUGGACGACACUGGGUUCCAUCAAACGCUCCAGGCGGAGAUCCGUGAAAUGAUGGAUCAGUUAGAAGAACUCAAACACGAAUCCGAGUUAUAGUGAUAGCUAAAACCACUAGGAACGUUUAGAUCUUUCUUGUCCGAGAAAUGAUGGACCAGUUAGAAGUCCGAGUUAUAGUGAUAGCUAGAAUUAUCAGGAAUGUUUAGAUCUUUCUUGUCCGAGAAAUGAUGAACCAGUUAGAAGUCCGAGUUAUAGUGAUAGCUAGAAUUACCAGGAAUGUUUAGAUCUUUCUUGUCCGAGAAAUGAUGAACCAGUUAGAAGUCCGAGUAAUAGUGAUAGCUAGAAUUACCAGGAAUGUUUAGAUCUUUCUUGUCCGAGAAAUGAUGAACCAGUUAGAAGUCCGAGUAAUAGUGAUAGCUAAAACCACCAAGAAUAUUUAGAUCUUUUUUGUCCAUUUUAUAAACAAUUUAUAGUACAUCCUUGUCUUUUAGAUGAAGCGUUUUAGGAACUAGCGUUGAAAAAAAGAUACCAAAAAGUUUUUUACAAAGUUUAAGCAAAAAUUUUUAUUCUAUUUCUACUAUUUUUCUACUCAUUUCGUAUCAGAUUGUUUUCUAUGCCUUUAAUUUGUAUUCGAAUCCGAUGUAAAAGAGAAACAUAGGAAGUAUUUUGUACAUUUAGAUUAAAAUUAAUAGUUGUAUAGUUUUUACAGUGUUCACAAACAAUUAUUUUUACAUCAAAUCGGUUUUAUAAAAAUCCUCUAAAAUGUCAAUUAAUUGGGAUAUGUUCUCUAAUAGUCGUUAGUGACGCUUUUAAAAUGUUUGCAUUUAAAGCUUUCUGUUUUUCCAAAUAUCUCGUGUUUCUAACAAAUCAUAACUAAGUUAUGUCAUUGAUUAUUUAACAGAAGAUUCGCGAAUUAUUUUUUUAAUUACGAUUUGAUAAUUCUUUCUGAUGCGUCUUUGCUCGAAAAGUAGUAGUAAAGAUAAGUUAUUUAUACACGAGUCACAUGCCCUGUUUUAUAAGGUUGUAUAUUUUACGUAUAAUUUAUUUUUGUACCGUUGUCAAAUAAAAGAAUUUGUUAAGAAUCUCUAAGACCUUUGGGCUUUUUGGAAGUCCUUACGUAUCUUUUAUAAAGAAUUUCGACAAUGCUGUGGCUGCUGCAUGUAUGUGUAGUGCUUUCUUGUGAGAAAUAAAAACCAAUCGUACGUA